UAGUUCAAAGUUCAGUCUGACGUAAUUGUUGAUGUUUUCUCUAUUUGCGUGUGUGAGUGUGUGAGCAGUAAGUCAGCUGAUGGGUUUACUGUCACUCAGAAGAUUAGUCUAGAACCAGGUGCUUCUGCUUAAAGCACCGUCUCUUAAUGCAACCCCGUAGUACACGGACACUUCACAGACACAAAGACACCUGGAGCAGAAACACGGACAAUCCAGCUUCUGCCAAACAAGGUAUGGACAGUGUCCCCCUCAAGAUGCCGCAGGCUGUGACACAGGAAGUCAUCGAAGACAUCAAAGUUGUCCUCCCUGACUACCUCACCAUACUGCAGCACACUGAGUAUGAGUUCAACCUGGAGAACUGGGUGCUAACCGGGCUGCAGAAUGGCUUCACCAGUCAGCACCAGCCAGAGCUUUCCUCCUCUUCAUCAGGACUGCUGCCAUCAUGUCCACCAUACUGGAUGAUGUUCAGCAGCCCUCAGCAGAGCCGCCUGGCCAGCCGCCACAGUUCCGACUUCUGGGAGCCCAACCCUCGAAAGCGCUCCUACAGCCUCAACCCUGACAUCCUGCGCACAAAGUUUACCAUCUCAGACUCUGAGGAUGAAGGGGAGAGCGCUGCAGAUAAAGUGCAGACACACGUGUCAGCACUGAAUCACUCAAGUGAAGAGUGUCCUGCUGCUUCCCAACAGUGCGGGCAGCGGAAGGCCUUCGUCCCAGACCUGCUGAACCCUCCAGCCUGUCUGAGCAGUUUGCCACAUCAGCGCAGGAAGAACCUGCGACAGUGUUCCCUCACCUCACCCAAAACAUCUGCACAACACGAUCCCAAAGCGGAGAACCAAACCCAGAGCGCGUCCUCAUACAGAAUCCUUAACUGCAGAUCCCCCAACACCAAAGCUGGAGUCCAAAGGCUCCCCAGCAUCACCAACCACAACACAACGGCAUCUCUUAGUCCAGACUCCUGUGGGAACCCUCCUAUGACCUCACCCCCCCGUGGUCUCGCCUCAUCUGGUUUGGACUCAUCAGCAGAGCUCCUGUCAGCUCUGAGCUCAGAGGAGAGAGAGGUGCUGGAAGCCAUCACAGCCCGCGGCUACCCAUUCCAUACUGCCAUCAUCACCCUGCAGAAGACUGGCCAGCAGACACCAGAUCAGGUCUUGAGUUACCUGGUUGCAUGUGACCACCUGUGUCAGCUGGGUUACGACAUGGCUCAGGUCGAAGAGGCUCUGGAGAUGUUUCAAAACUGUGAAACUAAGGCAGAGGAGUUCCUACAUUUGCUGAGUCAGUUUAAUGAGAUGGGCUUUCAGCAGAACGCCAUUAAAGAAGUGCUGCUGGUGCACGAGAACCACCGAGAACGAGCCCUCGAGGAGCUGAUGAUGCGCGUGUCAUGACACACACUUCACACGACGACCUUUUGAAAUCUCUUGUGCGCUGCAAAAUUUGUCUGGAAACUGUGUUUUGGAGGAAUGAUUGAACACGGAUAAUUGUGUCCAAAGAUGGAUGGUGUUUAACAAUGACGAUACUGCAUUAGUUAUUAUUUUCAUGAUCAUUAGUUUGGAAUAAAACAUGUAUUAUCUAAAGUGAUGUAAGAAAUUGUAA